AUAUGUUUUGCCAUAAUAAGAAACUAUAAAUAAUUCAUAAACAUUUAUUUUUUAUUCUAAAUAAAGAAAAAAUUCACGAUGAAAGCAGAGAAAGCCUGUUAUGAAGAAAAUAGUUUGGAAAACCAAAGUAAGGCUGAAACAUAAAAGAAGUAUUCCUUCUGAGUAUUAGAAAAAAAUAUCCUUUAAGUGAAAUUGUGCAACUACUCAAAUGGUAGCACAUGCAAAAAUAAGGGCACAGGUGGGCUUCUAGAAAUCAGUUAAUAUUUUUAUAUCUAAUACAUUAUGUUAUUGCCAUGAAUUGAGUGCCUACCUCAUGGCAGGCUUUUUGCAAGGCACUUAAAAACAUGUUUUCAUAUUAUAGAUAUUAUUAUUCCCGUUUUAUAGGUGGGGAAACUGAGGCUUAGAGAAAUUAAGUGGGAGAGUUAGGUUUUGAACUCAGGUCACUAUACUACAUUGCCUUUUAGGUGUUAUAAAAAGCUGUAAAAUUUAGGUGAUUGGUGAAAUAAAAAUGUAUAGAAAGGUGUAAUAUUCUUGCAAUAAAAUCAAUGGGAUUUUAUUGACUAGUAAAAAUGCCUCGGUCGCUGAUGUCUUUUUUCCUGGUUCACAUGCUGCUUCCUAGAAGAAAUGAUCUUGGAAACUGAUUUUGAUCUAUUCUUGCUUGCCUUUUUGCCAGUGACCAAAUCCUUUGCUCUCCCCUGACCCCAGGACUCCCCUCCCCCCCAGCCUCUUCCUCUCUCUUUCCCAUGCCAAAGGUGGGUGAGGGUGCUUUGGGUUGGGUAAAGAGUCAUUAUAGUAUUCUUUUUUUCAUUUUUGUAUUUUAUAUUAGAAAGUGUCAUUUGCAGUAGAAACUGUAUUCUAUACUUUAAAUAUAUUUUUUUAACAUCUCUUUUGGAAUAUAAUUGCUUUACAGUGGUGUGUUAGUUUCUGCUUUAUAACAAAGUGAGUCAGCUAUACUUUAAAUAUUUUUUAAUGAAUUAGAGUUUGGACUAAUCCUCCAAACAUCUAGAAGAUCCUUAUAGGUUACAGUGGAACUAUACUUGAAGAACUACUCCUUCAAAGAUUACUUAGAAAUCAGAUAUUUCCCAUACAGUGGUCUAUGCAUCCAUAAUAAAAUUUCUGUUGGAAAAAGAAAAGAAAAAACAUCAAUGCAGAGUAGGAUAAUAAGUGGUAUUAUUCUAAGAAGAUCCAAACACAGUUUUAACUAUUAAUUACUAUCAUAUUUGGACUGUGAGCCAGCUAGUUCCUAGACAGAAGAGUUAGAACUCAUAAGUGCAGUUUUAAGCUUGUUGCCAAUUAUUAAUUGCCUAAAACAUAGGACUUAGGUUUGGAGGACAAACUUUAAUCAGAUUGAACUCAAUUAUAAGCUGGAAUAGAAGGAAACAACAAAAUCUUCCAAAAGCAGGGGAGAGAAAAAUGGUCCAUAUCUUUUCAUUAUAUUUUGCAGUAUUUGUUCUAAUCUGAAUCUAGUCUUGUACUUCCUACCUUAAAAAAAAAAGGUGGGAUUUAGUCCAUCAAACUUAAUAACUAGACAUUAUUAACUGUGGGGCUAAAUUCAUCUAUUUUCUAAAAAUGUUUUUGUGUGAAUAGCCGACGUCCCUGUGUUAAAAUACCAUGACAGCCACAUCCGGUGGCAGGGUCUGGGGAAGGGGCGGCAGACGCCAUGUCGGCCGCAAAGGUGGCAAGAAGAAGUCCCUGAAGCAGCCCAAGAAGCAUGCCAAGGAGAUGGACGAGGAAGACAAGACAUUCAAGCAGAAACAGAAGGAGGAGCAAAAGAAACCUGAGGAGCUAAAAGCGAAGGCCGCGGGGAAAGGCCCCCUGGCCACAGGUGGAAUUAAGAAAUCUGGCAAAAACUAAGCUGUUCCUUGUGCCUGAGGCAAUGAUGAUCCUUAGUUCCAUUCCUGUUUAAACAUCUGGGUUAAACAUCUGGAUUCCCUGCCAUAACAUCUGUUGCCACCUAUAGCUAGAAUGAAAUGUUGUCUUGGAACCUAUUGUACAUUUAAGAAUAAACUUUUGUAAAAAAACCAUGACAGGUAAUAGAUUUUCUAGAAAAAUUAUAAGAUAGAUGUUGCCUUUUUCGAAACAAAGUCUACUUUGGGAUAUUUAAUUUAGGUAUAAUUUCACAGGGUUACCACUUUGAUUUAUUGAUUGAACUGUCCAAGCAACCGGAUUGCUUCCCUU